AAGGUUGGGGUGAUGGUGAACUACCCACCACUUAUAGAAGUGGGGGCUUCUCGGUUCCUAGACAAGGCUAUCACCUAGUCUCCCCGAAGGCUCAAACCGAGCCAUUCUUGCCAACUAGCAAGUAUGGAAGUGGGGAAGAUAGCGAAAGUGAAAUAGAAGAAAAAUAUAUUGAAUGGUCUGAAAAAACUCCUUAUAAAAAACAUCCUACUGCCGUUACUACUAGUAAAAUGAUAAAUACUAAAGAAAUCACUACUAAAUUACAAGAAUAUUAUGCUAGUGGAGAUUUAAAUCUUAAACUUGACAGUCUUAGUUUAGCCGAAGUAAAUAUUCAGGAAGGACAAGAACAAUCUUCCCUCCAAGCCCAACAAUUACAAGAACCUAAAUAA